UAGGGUCCCAAACCCGAACUCUCCUUAGAUUCCAAAAAGAAAAGCUCAUUUCUUUGAAAUUUCCAAGAUGAAACUUAAAUACAUAAUAAAAACCAGAACCUGAAUGGUUACAAAUUAUUUUUUGGAAGCUGUUAGCUAUCUUCUCAUAGUCAAAUUAUUACAUCCCAUAAGAUUAGGAACCUACUCUUGGUCACCACUGAGGCUAUCUGAAAUGGAAGCUCCAUCUUUAAGCCGGCAGAGGCAAACAAGCUGGAAUGGCCACACCUUCCAGGGACCAGUGUUAAGCCCAUCUCUGUGAGUCCUCUAGAGCCUUCUGUACCAGACAGCUCACUUAGGAGAUGGUACUCAAGUUUCCUCUAAAUCUCAGAGACCAACUUUGGGAGUGUUCCACCCACAGCUGGCUGGUAUUUCAGCACUGGCCAGCCUCGCUACAGACAAGGGAAACUGCAAACAGGUGAACUUGUUUUAAAGGCUACAUUUUUAGUUGGGUAGAUAUCAUCUACUCCAUUGAGCAAUACUUCUUAAAUUCCUCUCAGCAAAUGCAAAUGGGAGAAAACCUAGGUAAAAAGAGAACAGAUUCUGCCUAAGGUUUGAAAAAGUAUUCUGACUGGGAACACCCAAGUGAAGACUAGAGAACCCCUCCACAUGAAGCCAGCAGUCAGUUAAGAAGCAAACUUCUAACUUGCAUUAAAAAGACCCCAGGGAUUAACGGGCAUUAAUUACCUUUCUCUAAAUGCAAGUUAAUGACUUUGUUCUAGAAAGCCCCUUUGACUUCACUAAUUGGUGGAUGACCAUUAGUACAACUGGAUAGCUCAUCAGAGGUGAACAGACAAGAGGGCUUUUCAGCAAAGAGAGUCACUUGUCUUCACCAAGUCUUUCCCAAAUGUCAAUAUGCUUCAAGUUAUACCAAAGCUGGGAGAUUUCCCCUUGCUUUCCAACCUGUCUAGGUGGCCUGGGUGGUUUUCUGCCGGCAGCAGCUUCCUACCUUUGGUUUCUAUGCCUCUAUCCACGAGGGGGGAUUAAUUAGCCGGGCUGAAGCUGGAGGAGGCUGUCGUGACGAGCCCAGUGGCGAUUGGCCGCCCGCCUGCCUGGCCCUGCCUUUAUAAUUUCCACACGAGUGCAUCUGGGCUCUUACACAAACCAACAGCAGCUUCUUCUCACACACACACACUCACCCCGACGCACACUGCACACUUCUCCUCUACCUGAUUAACAGUCCCGCACACACCAUGAUUACGGGAAAACGUAAAUAAAUACGUAAAGGGGUGAUUAUUUUGACUACUAGAAGAGCUUUGCUGGGUCUCAGCACAACUUUUGUUUUUAUUACCGAGAAGGUGCUCUCUCCACGCGUCUCUCUCAGACACGGAUUCUUUAGCGGAGGGAAGAAAAGGGGAGAGCGCAGCCUUUCACUUUAAGACCCGCUAGGCUCUAGCGGAAAAAAGGCCAGCAGGGCAGGGCGGCCCCCUGCUGCAGCUAGUCGAGAGAGGCUCGGUGCCUUUUGAGCGUGGCCCCCUUUCUCCACCGAAGUUGGCUCCAGCGAUAGCAGCCGCAUUGGAUCCCACAGCCUACUGCGAGACUCCGGUGUACAAUCCGGAUCUCUGCCCCAACAUGAUCGCAGCCCAGGCCAAGCUGGUCUACCACCUGAAUAAGUACUACAACGAGAAAUGCCAGGCCAGGAAAGCUGCCAUCGCCAAAACCAUCCGGGAAGUCUGCAAAGUGGUCUCCGACGUCCUGAAGGAGGUUGAAGUGCAGGAACCGCGCUUCAUCAGCUCUCUCAACGAGAUGGACAACCGCUACGAGGGCCUGGAGGUUAUCUCUCCCACCGAGUUCGAGGUGGUGCUCUAUCUGAACCAGAUGGGGGUGUUUAACUUCGUGGAUGACGGCUCCCUGCCUGGCUGUGCGGUGCUGAAACUGAGCGAUGGGCGCAAGAGGAGCAUGUCCCUCUGGGUGGAAUUCAUCACCGCCUCUGGCUACCUCUCGGCGCGCAAAAUCCGUUCCAGGUUUCAGACACUGGUGGCUCAGGCGGUGGACAAGUGUAGUUACAGAGAUGUAGUAAAGAUGGUGGCUGACACGAGCGAAGUGAAACUGAGAAUCCGAGAUAGGUAUGUGGUGCAGAUCACCCCGGCCUUUAAAUGCACCGGGAUUUGGCCGCGGAGUGCUGCCCACUGGCCGCUUCCGCACAUCCCCUGGCCAGGACCCAACCGGGUGGCAGAGGUCAAGGCCGAAGGGUUCAAUUUGUUGUCCAAGGAGUGCCACUCCCUGGCCGGCAAGCAGAGCUCGGCUGAGAGCGAUGCUUGGGUGCUGCAGUUUGCAGAGGCUGAGAACAGACUGCAGAUGGGGGGCUGCAGGAAGAAAUGCCUCUCUAUCCUGAAAACCCUGCGAGACCGCCACCUGGAGUUGCCAGGCCAGCCCCUCAACAACUAUCACAUGAAGACUCUGGUGUCCUACGAGUGCGAGAAGCAUCCCCGAGAAUCGGACUGGGACGAAUCUUGCCUGGGCGAUAGGCUGAACGGAAUUCUGCUGCAGCUCAUCUCCUGCCUGCAGUGCCGGCGGUGUCCCCAUUACUUCUUACCGAACUUAGAUCUGUUUCAAGGCAAACCCCACUCGGCCUUGGAAAACGCUGCUAAACAAACGUGGCGACUGGCAAGAGAGAUCCUGACCAACCCAAAAAGUUUGGAAAAACUUUAGAGGAUGAUCUAAUCCAGGGCCGACGAGAAAGAGCAUUCUUCUCAAAAUCCCGACGUAAUGAAAACUUCCUGGUGGAUGCCUACGAGCUAUUUCUUGAGACAGUGCAAACAAUCUCUUCCUUUAAAAGGAGUAACAACACAACAUCUAGCCAUCAUCUCACACACCCCUACAAAAGAAGGGAAAGAGGUAGAGAAACACAGGGGAAACGCACGCACACCACAAGCAUCUUUAUGGAGGCAUCCCCCAGCUCCCCUGAAAAGUGCACAACCCCCGAAAACAGCGGGCUGCAAAGCAAGACCAUGGCCAACUCCAGCAAAGGAUUAUAGUAAUCUUGAGACUUAGGUGCAUCAGCCUUCCAGUAAACAGGACCCGGAUGUACCACCGGAAGAAAGUGUAAUGUAUAUUUUGAUCUGUAACAAAAAUUGUGAUCUCAUGUUGUCUUUGAAAGUGUGGAUAUUGGUGUUUUGUGAUUUGGUGAACAGAACUGAAAUUGCCAUUUUGGAAACUUGCAGACAUUUCCCACAGAACAGAGAUGCAUUUAAAGGUAGAUUUCCUCCUGGUACUUUACCUGUCUGUGAAGUGUCUGAACUUAAAAAAAAAAAGUUUACAUUUUGUUUCAAAUAUAUUGCUUGUUCUAACAUUCCGUAAGUAUACUUGAAAUGUUAUUUAAAUAUAUUCAAAAAUUUGAAUUCAGCUUAUAUAAUAACGCUUGAAUAUCUGAAUUAUAUAUAUAUUUGAAAAUGCACUUGAAAAUACACUGGAUAAUUACUUUUGUGAUUUAGAAUUUAAUUUCUGUUGCUGAUUUUUAUUUAAUUAGGAGAUAAUAAAUGAAGUAAAAUACCAAA